UGAUGUGUGUGGGGAUGGGCUCUGCUCUGCGCAGGGAGGCCGAGAAGCCACGGGGCAGCACAUGCACCCUUUUGGGACUAACUUUUUAAUAAUUCUUUCCCAUAGCCCCACUCUGGAUAGUGUAGUUAGAAGACUGGAAAGUGAGUCAUUUUCAAAGCUGCCUACUUUUAAGUGACUUUGAGUGGAUUGGUUGAACCGUGGGUACCGAUGGAUGUGGCCGAGAGCCCUGACCGGGACCCUCGCUCUCCAGAGGACGAAGAAGAGGAGCCGCAGGGGCUCUCGGACGAUGACAUCCUGAGGGAAAGUGGGUCUGAGCGGGAUCUGGACGGAGUGGGGGGGAGGGCUUCUGACUUGGAGGACGAGGAGAACGUUGCCCCGGGACUGAGCCAGGAGGAGGAGAGUCACUCCGACGAGGAGGACCGAGACUCUGAGGCUCCGGAGCUGAGCGGGGGCCCGGCCAGCCCCCCACGUGCCGAGGGGGACCGCGGGGAGGAAGACCGCACCAGCGACCUGAGGGAUGAGGCCUCGUCGGUCACCAGGGACCUGGACGAGCACGAGCUUGACUACGACGAGGAGGUCCCCGAGGAGCCGGCCCCCCCCGCCCCGGAGGACGGCGCGGAGAAGGCCGGGCCCGAGGGUGACGAGGAGAGGGGCGACGGGCUUCCGGGGGAGGACGGGCAGGCGGGCGUCCGUGGCGCAGAGGACAGGGAGCCCCUGGAGGCCGUCAAGGAGAAAAGAAAAGAGGACGAUGACGGGGAGAUCGACGACGGGGAGAUCGAUGAUGAUGACCUGGAGGAGGGUGAAGUGAAGGACCCCAGUGACAGGAAGGUGAGGCCUCGUCCCACCUGCCGAUUCUUCAUGAAAGAUGCCUCGCGCCCUGACCCCGGCCACCCGUGCAGCCUGACGUUCACGAGAGCUUCCUGUACUUCUUCUCCAGAUGUUGUGACACCAUUGUCCACUCCUCCUCCACCAAUAUCAAAUUCCAUACCAUUCAGAGGCCAGGUUAAAGGGAACUGCACCUGGGGCAUGAGCUGCAGGUUUAUACACCCUGGAGUCAACGACAAGGGCAACUACUCCCUCAUCACCAAGGCCGAGCCUUUCCCGCCCAAUGGCGCCCCGCCUCUCGGGCCUCACCCUCUGAUGCCCGCCAGCCCGUGGGGUGGGCCAGUAGUUGAUGAAAUUUUGCCUCCGCCCCCUCCAGAACCCCCCACAGAGAGCGCCUGGGAACGAGGACUCCGGCACGCAAAAGAGGUUUUAAAAAAAGCAACCAUUCGAAAAGAACAGGAGCCUGAUUUUGAAGAGAAAAGAUUUACGGUGACCAUUGGUGAAGACGAACGGGAGUUUGACAAAGAAAAUGAAGGUUUCCGAGAUUGGAACUAUCGGAUCACACGAGACGUCAGAGACGCGGCACUUGAGCCUUACGCAGACCCUUAUUACGACUACGAGAUAGAGCGGUUCUGGCGCGGUGGGCAGUACGAGAACUUCCGGGUGCAGUACACAGAAGCGGAGCCCUACCAUAACUACCGGGAAAGGGAGCGCGAACGAGAGCGCGAGAACAGACAGCGCGAGCGUGAGCGCGAGCGGGAGCGGGACCGGGAGCGCGAGCGGCGGCAGCGGGAGCGCGAGCGCGAGCGGGAGCGCGAGCGGGACAAGGAGCGGCAGCGGCGCAAGGAGGAGUGGGAGCGCGAGCGCGCCAAGCGGGACGAGAAGGACAGGCAGCACCGCGACCGCGACCGCGACAAGGAGCGCGAGAAGGAGAAGGAGAAGCCCAAGGCCCGAUCCCCGCAGCCGCCAAGCCGUCAAGCUGAGCCACCAAAGAAGGAGACGGCCUCUGCCGGGCCCCAGGUGAAGAGAGCCGACGAGUGGAAGGACCCCUGGCGCCGGUCCAAGUCUCCCAAGAAGAAACUCGGGGCGUCAGUCUCCCCAAGCCGGGCACGACGGCGUCGAAAAACAUCCGCCUCGUCGGCCUCUGCCUCUAAUUCCUCCAGGUCAUCCUCACGGUCCUCCUCCUACUCUGGCUCUGGCUCCUCCCGGUCCCGGUCCCGGUCCUCGUCCUACAGCUCCUACUCCAGCCGGUCUUCCAGACACAGCUCGUUCUCAGGCAGCCGGUCCAGGUCCCGGUCCUUCUCCUCGUCCCCAUCCCCGUCCCCGACGCCGUCCCCACACAGACCUGUCAGAACCAAGGGGGAGCCAGCUCCGCCUACCGCGAAGGCAGGAGAGAAGCUGCUGAAGAAGCCAGCCCCGCCUCCAGCCCCACCUCAGGCCCCGAAAACCACCGCUCCUGCCCCCGAGCCCGCGAAGGUGUCCGGAGACCUCCGGGAAGCCAGGAGGAGGGAGAGGCGGGCCAGGACCCCCCCCAGGAGGCGGACGGCCAGCGGCAGCGGCGGCUCCAGCGGCUCCAGCGGCUCCAGCUCCAGGUCCAGGUCCCUGAGCGUCAGCAGCGUCUCCUCGGUGUCCAGCGCCACCUCGAGCAGCAGCUCGGCACGCAGCGUGGACUCGGAUGACAUGUACGCGGACCUGGCCAGCCCCGUGUCCUCGGCCAGCUCGCGGUCCCCCACCCCAGCCCAGACCAAGAAGGAGAAAGGAAAAUCUAAGAAAGAAGACGGCGUGAAAGCGGACAAGCGGAAACGGGACCCGUCCACACAGCCACCCAGACCCCCGAGAGCCCCUGCGGGCGGCAGGUCCUCCCAGCAGCCCACCGCCCCCCAGCCGGCGCCGCCUGGGCAGCCCCCAGCGGCUGCAUUCGUCACCCACAAGGAGAUCAAGUUGACGCUGCUGAACAAGGCCGCGGACAGAGGCAGCAGGAAGCGCUGCGAGCCCGCCGACAGGGACAGGCAGAGCCCGCCGCCGGCCAAGCGGGCCGCGCCCUCCCCGGACCGCGGUUCUCGGGACCGGAAGUCAGGUGGGAGACUCAGCUCCCCGAAGCCGGAGCGGCAGAGGGGCCAGAAUUCCAAGACACCCACAGCCCCUGCAGACAGGAAGCGCCCGUUGUCCCCGCAGUCCAAGAGCUCCAGCAAGGUCACCAGUGUGCCCGGCAAAGCCUCAGACAGCAGCACCGCCGCCGCCUCGGCCGGCACCAAGGCAGGGAAGGCCAGCACGCUGUCGCGGCGGGAGGAGCUGCUGAAGCAGCUGAAGGCCGUGGAGGAUGCCAUCGCCCGCAAGCGGGCCAAGAUCCCCGGGAAGGUGUAGCCGGGCUCUGCCCCAGGCAGACUCUCCUGUUUUUAUAAAUAGGGUAAGCACAGCCGUUUUGGAUUUUGCAGUUCAUGUCUUAUGUUGGCUGUGAUUCUUUUUAAAAAUUAAAAAAGGAAAAAAAAGUUUCUCAGCUGGAAAAGAAGCCGCACGUGUAAUGAAGGUGACGCUGAAUCCCAGAUGGAACCAGCCCCUUCCCAGAAGUCCCGCGAGCCAGGCGGGGCGGGCAGGCGGCAGCACCCUGAGGACCGGCUGCGAUUUUAUGUAAAUUAUGAGUCCUCCUCCCUCAGCUGGGCAGGCAGCGGGCAUCCCCA